AACGAGCUCCGCGUUAGCCGUGGCUUACACCGCGUAUGUCAUAGCAUUAACGUGCUUGUUGUAGGUUCACCUUGUUUACUUAGCCGCCACUGUAGACCUUCGCUGUUGACCAUGGCUGACGAAAUGGACCGCGAUGACCGCAUGCAAGCUGUAGACAAGAAGAAGAAGGGCCGCGGACAUCGUGACUUUACAGAAUGGGCGGACCGUUACGGGGGAGCGCGCUUUAGGGAGUUGGAUCCCAAUGCCAAGCCAGGCCCUACUGCUUCAGUUGAGGGCUGGGUUGUCUUCAUUACCGGCAUUAACGAGGAGGCCCAGGAGGAGGACAUUCACGAGGCUUUCGCGGAGUUUGGAGAUGUCAAGAACAUUUACUUGAACCUGGACCGGCAGACCGGCUUCGUCAAGGGCUACGCCCUGGUGGAGUACAAGGGGCAAAAGGAGGCCCAGACAGCCAUUAAUGAAAUGAACGGGAAAGAGCUGCUGGGAAAGCCCAUACAGGUGGACUGGGCCUUCCGCAAGCCCCAGCGGCGGCGGUAAACGGCCGGCGUGAUGGCAGCAGCAGCACCACCACUGUCGCGUGAUAGGGAGCUGCGGCGGCAGCAGCGGUGUGGCUGUGUAGCGUGGCAGCGCCAAACCCCCUGGGGCGCGGCACGGGCCGCUUGUACGCAGCGCAGCAUGAGGCCCAGGAGGGCAGUGCCUGCUGCCGCUAAUUCUACUGCUCCGGGCGUGCCCGGUGCACGGCUUUGUUUGUUUGGUUGUGGUUGGCUGGCUGGCUGCUGUGCACGUGAGGCGGCCUUUGCUGUCGCUUUUAUUCGGUUCAGUACCUGAACAUAAAUGAGGCUCUGGUCGAUCGGGCUUUGACUUCGGACUACCACCGCGGUAUGACUCGUUGUGUGGUGAUACGACAAGAUGGGUAACACGCACACAGCUUCACAACAUCACACCCCUCUGGCGUCUCUGCUGCUGUUGUUGGAGGGGGACGUUGCCGCCGCCAGGGGAUGUGAAGGCGUGGGCUGUGAGGGGAGUUGGAGGUGGAAGGGGCUGAGGGGGUGGGUUAGGUGUGCGGGCGAGGGGCAUGGCGCGAAACCCCCAUGUCCCCCAAGCUGAUGGUUGUUUGUCUUACAACGGUGUACAGGAGGUUGAUUGGUAUGAUACAUGUAUGACGCGGAGGAGGAGUUACUGGGUUUUAACCCUAACUCCUGUUCUGAAUGUUUACUUGCGAGAUACGCGUUGAAGGUUCAACCGUUCACACGUUCCCAUCCAGCGCUUCACAUACCGGUACCAUUACUACACCUCAACAUGCAGGGCCCGUG